UUCAACGUCUCUCUCUCUCUCUCUCUCUCUCUGUGCAAAAGUUCUCGGGCAACAAUCUCAGGCGAUCUUUUCAUCUAAACAUUCCAAUGGAAACACCAUCAUCAACAAGAAGAAUCACAAGAUCACAAGCCUUGGCUGCUUCAAACACCCACAGCAUACCCACAUCAAAAAAGAUUGAGGAUUCCGAAAAGGGUACCGUUCCAAAAUCAAGACAGCGAACUGGGUCCCAACCGCUCAUCGAUAUCACCAACGAUUCCCCGAUAAUCGGGAUAGCAAUGGGGAAAUUGAAAACCCCGUCGUCCACUUCGGCUCUGUCCAAGAACGGGGGCAAUAAACACCAAGCCAAGACUCCUGGUUCAGGGGAGGCCUUACUGAGGGGUCAAGUCAAGACCCUUUUGCAGAGGGUGGAGGAAGAGGCCGAGUUUUCGAAGAAACUCUCACUGGAAGGCAGGCCUUUCCUUCAUCUGCAGUCUCCGGCCAGGCUUCUCGCCCCUACUCCGGCGAACACACCGCAAGUCUUGAGCAUUUCUGGUGAGGAGUACUUCAAGAGUUUCUGUCUAGCUUCGGUUACGCCGUCACCGGUCCAAGAAGAGCUCAUGAUUUCUCAGAUGGUUAGUGAGUUAUUUGAUGGAAGUAACAAGCAAGAAGGUCCUGAAUCAGAAAGGAGCUGUCUGAUAACUAGGUCUCUACUCUUGGACUUCUCUGACAAAUCAGAAGUCUCUUCUGACUCUUCUGGGCGUUCCUCUGUUUUGUCACCUGAAGGAGAAGGUGAAAGCAGAGAGAAGUCAUCUGCGGAGGACGACGACGCUUCGGUGUGGUCUAUUCAGGCGAUUGCGAGUAGUACCAAAGAUGAAGAGGAAGAAGAAGAAGUCGAUGACUGUGUCGAAGACAUCGGAGAAGAGAACGAUGGAGAUGAUUAUGACUACGAAGAAGAAGAGUAUGGUGAUGAUGGAGGGUUGCUUGAUGCUUUGUGUGAAGGGAUGAGCAAAAUCAGUGUGUAUGGGGGGGAGAGGAAAAUGGCUAAUUUCGCCGGAAGGCACACGCGAUUCGUGUACAACAGUGAUGAUGAACUUGUUGAAGGAGAAGAAGAGUAUGUUCUGAAACUGAAGGGAUUGCCAACACCAAAAGGGAAGCACUUUCGCUUCCCUCUGGAAAUGGAAGAAGGAGAAGAAAAUUGAGUUUCUUGGAUCUACUUCAAAGGGGGUCUCAUUCUUGUGAAGCCUGUUUUUUUUUUGUUUUCAGUUUGGAUUUUGGUGGGGUUUGAUUUUUAAUUUGGUGUUGGUGGUUUAUUUUGUCUUGGGAGCUCUCAGUUUUACUGAUUAUAAAUGGUCACACAAGUGAACCGAUUGAAUACUUGUUGCAAGCAAUGAAUUAAUUUGACUUACAGCAGCAGUAGUUUUUA